AUGGCGGCCGAGAACUACCGCAGCUCGGCUGCAAACGGACGCGGGAAACGACAAGUUACCACCCCUGCCUCCAUCAGCAACUUCGGAGAUGAUCUGCUGGUGGAUGUUCUUAUCCGCCUUCCAAACCCUAGAUCCGCCUUCCGGUGCAAAUCCAUCUGCAAGCGCUGGAAUUCUAUCAUCUCCGCUCCUUGCUUCUCUCGCCGUUUGGUUUCUCACCAGCGGACUAUUUCCGCCGGCGAACCCCCUCUCCUACUUCCCUCAGAUUGCGACGAAUUGAUGUCCAGCUUGCUACCUGUGCCUAGCGAUGAAAUCCGAUCCCGCUCCUACGUUUCGGAUUGCUUCAAGGACCUGCUCUUGGUCGGGUUCAGCAAGUGGAAGUACGACGGACUGGGCCGAACAUUCAUCCUCUGCAAUCCGUUUACAAAGCAAUGGGUAGCCCUUCCUUUAGCGCCUCCGCUGGAACGUCGAUGUGAGAAUGCAAGAUUAGUGUGCGAGGCCGGUAACUCUAUUACUCUGGAUUCGGGCGACGGGGGAGGAGAAGUAAUCACUCAUAGUUCCGACUAUCGAUUUCGCGUGGUUCGUAUGUAUAGACGAGAAGAUCCAAUUGCUGUAAUCCUCGACGUGUUCUGUUCGAAUUCGGUUGAAUGGACGAAAGUGGUUCUUGAUUUGGAUUACAACCCAUCAAAUUGGCUGAGGCAUUUACACAAGGUUGUAGUCUCGUUUGAUGGAAAACUAUACUGGAUGACUUGGAUGGGUCAGGUGGUUGAGUGGAAUCCUUUUCGCCUGGAGAACGAUAAUCGUCCUCGAACUUUGAUCCGUUUGCCAUCCUAUCAGUGCCCCACCAUUUGUGUCUCGCAGGGUGCUCUGUACAUUAUUAACAUGGAAGGUACUCGGCCUCCAGGCCGGGUGAAACAAGUGGAUGGCUUGAUCGUUUGGAGGCUGGAAGAAGAAGGCUGGAAGAGGCAUUUCGAAGUGUCGUUCAAGAAAUUAAUGUGUGGUGUUGUUAUUGACGAAUGCGGUCUCGAUAUCAAGUGCUCGGAGCUAGUGAGGCUUGUUGUCGUGGGUCAACAUUCACAGAAGCCGGAAGUUAUCUAUCUGAAAGCGAGUUCUGUGCUACCUAAGGGGCUCAAGGAACCAGAUUCAGGUUAG